AUGUCUUCCACCGCCAAAACUGCAAUCGUUUUAGUAGAUCCAUACAACGACUUCUUACACCCCGAAGGCAAAGCCAACCAUAUCCUUGCCGAAUCGAUGGCCGAUACAAACACCCUCUUUCACCUGAAAAAUCUUGUGACUGCCGCUCGUGCACACAAGAUCCCCAUUUAUUAUGGUUUGCAUCAGCAAGUGAAGGCUGGAUUUUUAGCUGGUUGGAAUCAUCCAACCUCGACCCAGGAAGCUCAGAAAGAGAAUCACGUAUUUGAGGCGGGGACGUGGGGGGUCGAGAUUUUUGAGGGGUUGGAACCGGAUGUCGAAGGGAAUGGUGACGUAGUCGUUAGUAAACAUUGGUGUAGCAGCUCAUUUCAAAACACUGAUUUGGAGUAUCAGUUGAGACAAAGAGAUAUCACGCAUUUGGUCUUUGCUGGGUUGACUGCAAAUACGUGUCUGGAAUCCACGGCUAGAUAUGCUUUUGAAUUGGGAUAUCGUGUGACUAUGCUUAAGGAUGCAACGGCUGGCUUUUCUACCGUGUUGAAGGAUGCUGCUACUGAUCUUAUUUGGCCAUUGUUUGCGAAUGAGCAAGAUCAAGACCACAAUGAGCAUUUGAUCCGUGGCACCUUCGUUCGAGCUGAUUUGGGAAGCGGGUCCCCGGUGGUAUCUGGCAAGACAGAGAAUGCAUCAAAUCCACCCAUUAAAUCGCUCCUUAAUCUAGGCUCAAAGGAAGCCUGA